GCCCAUCUCACCUAAAACAAAUCGCUUUUCCACUACUAUUCUUCAUCCACUCACCACUCACUCUCCUUCCGAAAUCUUACCACAUUGCUUGCACAACCAACCCGACAUUUAUUUUGCUACUCAGCCCUCGCAUUGCGCUGCGUAGCUCUGGAAGCUCCCCACACCUGCCCCAACCCUUCGCCAACGUUCAAGAGUAGUUUGAUGAACAUGGCAGCGUUAGGCUCAUAUUUCCUCGACCUGGUGUAUUCGUUUACGAAUUGCAUGGUCUGCUUUCCCUCGUCUCCGCAGCUUAAAAUCAACAGUCGGAGUUUCAAGAUACUGCGACUACUUGGAGAGGGCGGCUUCUCAUACGUCUACCUCGUUCAAGACACGUCGAACCAACAGCUCUUCGCGCUAAAGAAGAUUCGUUGUCCCUUCGGCCAGGAAAGCGUGGCCCUGGCCCUCAAAGAAGUCGAAGCCUACACGCUCUUCUCGCCCCACCCGAAUAUCAUCCAUUCCAUCGACUAUUCUGUCGCGAGCGAUAAAUCGGAUCCGCAGGCAAAGACAGUCUACAUCCUGCUGCCGUACUACCGGAGGGGGAAUCUGCAGGAUAUGAUUAAUGCGAAUUUGGUCAACCAUACAAAGUUUCCGGAGAGGAGACUAAUGGUACUUUUCUUGGGAGUAUGUAGAGCGCUGAAGGCUAUGCAUCAGUAUAAGGUGAAGGGCCCGCCUGGUGGAGCCGGAAGUCAGAAUAAGGCGAAGAAGGUUAGGAAGGAGGCGGCGAGGGGGGAUGCAGACGCUGCGGAGGCGAUGGAAAUGAGGGCGAGUAGACGACAUAGGGAGGGCGAUGAUGAGGAGGAGAUGGAGGCCGAACCGUUGAUGGAAGCAGAGGUUACCAUGUCACAGGAGGGGAUCGCGCCGGGUGGGGAGAGGGCGUAUGCGCAUAGGGAUAUCAAGCCUGGAAACGUAAUGAUAGCCGAUGACGGCAAAACCCCCAUCCUCAUGGACCUAGGCUCCCUCGCCCCAUCCCCAACCCCUAUAACCUCUCGCUCUCUCGCCCUCCAAGUCCAGGACACCGCCGCGGAACACUCCACAAUGCCCUACCGCGCCCCAGAACUCUUCGACGUAAAGACCGGCUCUAUCAUCGAUACUAAAGUCGACAUUUGGUCGCUCGGCUGCACGCUCUACGCAUGUCUUGUCGGCAAGAGCCCAUUCGAAGCGAGGAGUGAGGAGACAGGUGGUAGUCUGAGCAUAUGUGUGCUGGGAGGAGAUUGGAGAUUUCCAGAUGAAGGGCCACAAAGGGGAAAGCAGAAGGCGAAUGCCGAGGAUGCAAUUACUGACACAGUGAAAGAGGUCGUGAGGAAGUGUUUGAAGGUGGAGCCAAGCGAGAGGCCAGACGUCGAUGACCUGAUAAGCAUCGUUGAGGAUGUUAUUGCGGGCCUGCCGGAAGAUGGAUCAGAGGAUUCGUGAAUGAUUCGGUUGAGGGAACGGCGUUCUUGGGUGCUUUGGAAGACUGUUUUCUUUGUACGACUACUGUUCCUCACAUCCAGACUGCUAACAGCAGCGCGGAUUCUAGAAGUUGGGGCCGAAGGAACAUGGUUGUGGUCUGCUUCAUUAUGCAGGGGAUGCUCCCAGGGACCUUUCAUAAUAUACCCUUUAUCAAAGCG